CAUAUUUAUUAAACCCAUCACCAAUAUUUCUACUGAAGAGUGAUCCAGAUCCGCCAGGGGACACCCACCAUGAUGUGUUGUGAGAGAAUGUUCCGCUGAGUAAGGAAAGCAUAUUUAUUAAACCCAUCACCAAUAUUUCUACUGAAGAGUGAUCCAGAUCCACCAGGGGACACCCACCAUGAUGUGUUGUGAGAGAAUGUUCCGCUGACCUACAAACCGCCGUUACUCGCCUCAGACCGCCUGCCGCGCCACCGCGUACCUCUGCCCUCUGAGAACUCUCUGUCUCUACUACUGUCACAUCAUGCUGGUGCUAAUCGCGGUCUUGUCGGGCACGAUACACUUGGCUGCCGCCCAGGUGCCGUUCCUUGGACCCUGUCCACAGGUCACGACUGUAAAGGACUUCAACUUCACACGGUACCUGGGCAAGUGGUUCGAGGCGGAGAGAUACUUCUCGCUGAUGGAGUUCGCCGGCAAGUGUGUGGUCGCAAACAUCUCAGACUCUAGCGCGGAGAACUCCACUCAGUUGACAGUGGUCACGGACCAGACGAGCUGGCUAACUGAAAUACACUCAUCGAUGAGGGGACAACUGCGGCCUGUAGACCAGAGGAGUGACGUCUCCAAAAUGUACAUGCGAUAUCUUCCAAUGGAUCUGACUGUAAACCACUGGGUUCUGGAUACAGACUACGACAACUACGCAGUGGUGUUCUCCUGCGUGGAUAUCAUCGGUUCUGUUCUCAGUACAAGAAACGCAUGGAUCUUGACGAGGGCCCGAAAUCCAACGCUGGAGGUGAUGGAGAAGGCGUACUCCGUCAUAGACAAGAACAACAUAAGCAGGGCGUACUUUAUCAGGGUCGAUCACUCGGACCGUAGUUGUCCGGAGUACGGCGGCACGGACGAGCAGCAGACUCCCGCACCAGCCACUUCGGCGGCGUGAUCUCGGGAAGUUCAAUAUCUUCCUUCAGUUUCAUACAUAAUUUAUUAUUUGUGGCAUGCUCAAGACGGAACGAAUAUUUGUAUCAACAUUCUGUAAUAAAGUAAGAAAAUGCAGCAGUUUAUUUUAAAACGCAGUUCUGCGUGAGAAUUAUAAAUAAUAAAAUGAUAAAAUUAUAAAUUACUUCCCUGAUAGCUGGAUCAAUGUGCACUGAAAUUAUAGAAAUCCAUUUUAGAAGGGCUAAAUAUACAGUUUAUUCAUUUGUAAAGAAUGUUCAUAACUUUUUAUAAUUUUAUUUUAUAUACAGCAAUUAGUUUAUCGAUUAUAAAAUAUCCCCAGAUGUUCAUUUCUAUUCCAAGUUCUAGUGUUCGUGUUAAGGAAUAUUUCAAGACAAAGUAUUAGUGUAAGGAACAUAUAAUUUGUGUUAGUGCAGCAUAUUAAUUGUACUCUAGUUAAUUACUCUAGUUGUAGCAAUUACUGUAGCAAACGUGAAUGUGCAAAAGAAAAAUUAUUUAAUUAUAAUUGACAAAGUGUUUUGUAUCAUCUACUCUCAUAGCUUGAUUGGUUACUUGUAAUAUUUGGUUACUUGAUUGGUUAUUUCCGAGUUUUUUAAACAUAUUGAUAUUUUCAACAUUUGUAUGAGGAUACAUGUGUAGUAGAUCUGAAGGAAUAUAGCAGUUUGUAGUAGCUUAACUGUCCGUUUAACAAACUUUUGUACAUAAAUAUUAUUUAUUUAGCGUAGUAAAACGUUUAUUUAUUUUAUUAUUUAGUAUUUAUUGUGUAUUAUUGCUCUAUGUGAGAUAUUUAUUUUCAGUCAAAUAGAUUAUAAGUUUUAGGUUUUAUAUUAAUAGUUGUUUUUAGUGUAUAAGUUUAAAUUAUAUACAAGUAAAGCUGUUAAAUAUGCAAUACUUCUUUGUUCAAUUAAUAAAAUCUGUUUCGUAAAA